AUGGGUUACUUUUCCAAGCUAUCGACGUCCAUCCUCUUCGCCGUCCACCUAACCUCCGCUCAUCUUGCUGCGUAUACCGAUGGCAUGUUCUGCCCUGAUGUGAUUCCCUGGGCGAACUGGCAGAAUUCGACCGGUUACUAUGCAGAUGGUAAGGAAUACAACCAACGUCCCAUUCCUUAUUCGGUGACGAACCAAGAGGUCGUGGCUGAAGGUUUGGUUACCUCGUCCAAGGGCCUGGCCUCGCCUAACUUGCAUGCGGCGAACAAGACGACUGCCGCUGGAACGGCAAUCGCAAUCUCUUAUAAGAGUAACGUGUGGGAAGUGACCAUGGACACGCUUGUUGUAAUUUCGACGGCUCCCCAGACCCCCUUUGAGCGACUGGCGAACUAUUCAAUACCUGAUCUGGCUCCCUGCGAAGCGUGCGUCUGCGUGACCGGGUAA